AUGAAAGCGAAGAGAAAGUCUCCCAAGAAAACUGAGGGCAAAGCUGAAUCUAAAGUAACUAAACAGGAGCCCACAAGACAAUCUGCCAUAUUAUCAGCAAAACCUGCUCUGCUGAAACCUGAACCUACAUUAAGAAAAACAUCUGCAGAGGCACAGAAAACUGAAUCUGCAGAUAACGAGGGUGAAUGUGUUGUCAUGAAAAAUUGGGUUGAUUUUCAUUCCACACACUGCCCCCACCCACCUCCCCUGUCUGGAAGCCUGUCCCCUGCGGAGUCUAGAAUGUUUGGCAAUUCCUUGAGUGGUAUGGGCAUGGCGUAG